AACUUGACAUACAUUCACUGCCAAAAAUUACUUAGCAUCAAAAAAACACUUUAAAAUAAUUAGAUGAAUCAAUUGCCGUAAUAUUUAAUGCUAUUAAGAAGUGCUCAGGCUUAAUUUAAAAUAUGGAUGACUCUAAGAAAACUCCCCAAGUGGGAAGUGCAGAAGAACUCAAGAAUAAAGGCAAUGAAUGUGUGAAAGAUGGUAAAUUCAUUGAAGCGGUUUUACAUUAUACUCAAGCAAUUAAAAUGGACCCAAGUAACUACGUGUUGUACAGCAAUAGAUCCUUUGCUUUCUUGAAAAUAGACCAGCAUUAUCUUUCCCUCCAGGAUGCAAAUGAAACUGUUAGACUACAACCUCAAUGGGCCAAGGGGUAUUUUCGCCGUGCAGAAGUAGAGUUAGCAAGUGGUCUACAUGACGAAGCUAUAAUAUCAUACACUAGGGCAUUACAGCUUGACCCACAGAACCCCAAGCUUAUUGAAUCCAUAAAAAGCAUUACUGAUAUGCAGAACAAGAGAAUGAAGAGCAAUCAGAAUACAAUUUGGAUAUCCACAUGCUUGGGUCUAGUUAUAGGAAUACUGUUGGUUAUACUUGAUUAUACCCUGACAUCAAACCCAACCCUAACGCACCCAUUUAGUAUGGUCGCCUUUUCAAUAGCUCUGGCUGGGAUUGGAUAUGCUGCGGGUAAAACAGCCACCCUGAUGAGCAGCUGGAAUGCUGGCAAAUCUUUGCAGCCACCAGAAGAUUUAGGUUUCACUGACAACUCCAAAGAAGAAACAAUACCUGAGAAAAAAACCAAAUACAGCAAGGCCCAAGCACGCCAAAGGUAUAAGCAAGGAAAGCUUUAGUCAUAAAAAAUGUUUUUCUUUUGUAAUUUAAUGAUGUUUGGUCUGGGUAGCUUAAGGAAUUGAAUUACAUAUAUUAUUGACUUUGUUAGAUUUUUAUAUAGGGUAAGAUUUAAGGCACUGGUUACCAGGAAUCACCAUUGAUGUGACAGUAAAAUAUAAACACGAUUUAAUUACUUGCUAUCCAUAAUCCUUGAUUGGCUACUUUAGUCUUCCAAAUUUUCGCGCGCGUUUCAAAACCCGAGGAGCUUAGCGCGGAGUGUGAUGUUAGGCGUAGUUACAUUACAAUUAUAGAUCUGAGCGCGUCCCGCAUAAUGUGAAUUAGCGUCAACAACUUUUUCUAUAUUGGCAUUGUAUGCCGGUCAUGUUGUCACUGAGUUAGAAGCCUUUGCAUGAAUGUUUAAGUACAUGGGAACCAGAUCCGCCAAGCUCCCGUAUAUGUGAACGUAGCCUUAUAAUCUACAUCAGCUCUAGUCUAUAUCUUGAGGUUUUUUUUGUAUAUUUAGUUUUCUUAUAAUUUUAGAACUCCAUAAUAAAUGUUCUCUUAUUUUCACUUUUGUUUUAUAAAUCUCAUUCUGUUUAUAUUGUUUGCCCUUUACUAACAUUCCUUAUUUAGAUAGAAUAGACUGAGAAAAAGAAACAUUUUACCCUGGGUUAUAAAUACUACAAUAUUUCAAUUGCUACUUUUAUUAUAAGACAAGGAUAAGAUUCACGUGUGACAGAAUCAUCUCAACUUAUACCUUUGUCGCGAAUGUUCGUAGCGGGUAUCGAACUAAUCUCCUUAACAAGCAUUUAUUGAACUGUUCGUUGUUAUACGAUCAUAUCGAACUAGCAGGAAUACUCGGUCGGUCUUAAGGCAUAGUUAUGUAGCCUUUACAAAUAAAUGUAAAGUAAGUAACUCACAAAAAGUUACAUUUUUUAUAAGUAACAAAAAUUUUGUAAUACCUACCUAGUGUAAUAGGAUUUUAAUAAGCUUAACUUCACUUUACAAUUUGUCCCUUGCAUCCUGUAUAUAAAACCUAAUAUGUGUGCCCUGCUACCAAUCGUCGUAAGUCACAUAAGUCUGUGUUCAUUGUUAAGUAAACUUUUUUCAUAGAACCUUGUUUGUGUACACCUUAUUGAUGUUUGAAAUUAAUGUGUUCAGUCAGUUACAAUAUGAUUUCAAAAUGGUAGGAAAGUUAAAGGACUCGCGUACGCGUACGAUACAAAUGCGUCAUAUCCUUCACGGGGCAAACUAAAAUAAAAUGUUCUAUGGAUGAGAUGGGAGUGCAUCUAGUUAGAGAUUAAUCGGGUGUUUACACAGUGUACUUAUAUUUUUACGUUAUUUUAUCGCCAGUGUUGUUAACUUAAUUUAAGAUGCGGUAAUUGGAGUGGAUUUAUAUUAAUUUACUUUAUGUAUGUACAACUUUGCAUUUAUAAUAAAUU